AUGACACCGAAAUCGAACAGCUGUUGCGGGAUCAACCUCCGUCCACUAUGCUUCAUGAUCGGAUACUUGCACCUGCUAUCAAGUGUGGUGGAUGUUGUCUGUCAUCUAUUGACAGUCGCUAUUGUCACAAAUGGCUUCCAGUGCGAUGUCAACAAUGAGAGCCUCCAAGCGAUCUCCAUACCCUGGCUGGAACCGCUCCUGAUUGUGUUGAACCUCGGCACCCAUGGCUUCUACCCAUACCCUCGCGUCUUCCGCAACCAGUACCACAUCUACGUGGAACAGAUGUCAGUGGCUUCUGAACCUAAGUGCUACCCCGGAAUGCUGCACAUCUACCUGAUAGACCUUCUCAAUUUCCUCAUCAACCUCAUCUGGCUAAGGAUCGUCGUUUCUUAUGUUGGGGCUGUACACAAGAAAAACCCUGAACCCAUGCGUAUGUUCCUGAGCCUCUCUGUGGUCAAGCUGGUGAUGCAGGCCAUGUACUUCGGAUACCAACCCUUCUUCUACGACGUCUACACUAUCGAAACUGUCUGGUUCCUGAAGCUCACUGAUAUAUUGAUCGCCGUAUUCUUCUUGAUAAUAGUGCAAAAGUAUACAAAAGCCUUAAGGCUGGAGAAGGCAGCUACUCAGAACAUUGAAAAGCCACCAUCCUACAUCGAAUGCCUGAUCAACGGACAUGUGCGUCCACCAAGCUACGAGGUCAAAGAAGAAGUAGUCAUCGUAGAUGAAGAGAGAAAACAAAAUAUUGAAAAUGCAGAAAAGUCCUGA